UCGCCCAAGUUGAAAAUGUCGGCCUCCCUGCCUUCGCUGGCCACCACGUAUUCAAUGUAGGUGCGACUCAUUCUGAGGCUGGGUUUGCCUGAACAACAUCAAAUGUCUGCCUGAUAUUUGCCUUUCGGUUCGCGAACUCUUGCCAGAAGAUGUAUAAGGCACAGUUCCACCGCUCAUGGAAUCCAGGCAGACCACCGGCGAAGCGUUGAUCCGUUCACCUACCUGGCCUUUGACUGUCGAAGUGUACUCUGUACGCUGAACUUUAUAAACAUGACGAAAAAGUUAUCAAGCAACUGUUCCAAGGAGAAAAGCUCCCUGCGGUACCGCCCUCAUAUUCGUCAUUGCAAUCUGAAUAAAAUCUAACUUUGCUGGUAUCACAGGAAUUCUCAUGUCGCCCGAAUGUCAUCGCAACUCGAAACAACACCUAUCUUACCGGACCAGCUCGUAGAUGAAGUGAAAGGAAUCUACAAGGACAUCGUCAGUUUCAACAAUCAGUGUGACGAGAUACGCAAACAACUGUCCCAAACUACGGACGGGUUCUCCGACGAGCAGUUGCAGGCAUUGACCAACCUACACGGAACCCUAUUGCACAAGCACUAUGACUUUCUCAUGGCCAGUCAACAUCCCGUAGCUUCAGCUGCACUUCGAAGACUCCCAACAAAACACGAUAUGCUCGAGCGGAUGUGGACGCACAGUAUUCACUCUUGUCUGGAGUUACUCCGUCGUCUACUGCCCCGCUCGAUCGAGCAUAUGAUCAGCUUUAUCUACCUAACCUAUCCGAUGAUGGGCUUGUUGAUAGAGUUAGCGCCGGUGUUUUGUGAGCCAUUGAUACGAUGUUUAGGAGACCUUGCACGAUACCGAAUGGCCAUUGAAGAAUACGAUAUGCAGGAUAGAGAGAACUGGUCAAGUGCUGCUCGCAUGUGGUAUCAUCGAGCGGCCGAUCUCUCUCCAACGGAAGGUCGCAUCCAGCAUCACUUGGCCGUUUUGGCGAAGCCCAAUGUUGUUCGCCAGCUGUUUUACUACACCAAGGCGCUCGUCAGCGAUGACCCUUUCGUGGAGGCUCGAGGAUCAAUUAUGUAUUUGUUCUCUCCGUUUCUGAAGAAGUAUGAGGCGACAAGUCAGAAGCAUCUCAGGGUGGAAACCAGUCUGGUCACCGCCGCAGGCGUUCUCUUCACCCGUGAUUACGUUUCUGCUUAUUGCAUGCACAUUGAUCGAUACUUAUUGGAGUUAAGCGGGACUAUCGACCGAGCGGGAUCCAGUUUUAAAAGUCAAGGAGCGGAGAUGGCAUCAUCCUUGAUUGCUAUGAUGUUGGACUUUGGAUCCGAUGAGAACUUCCUCUGGAAGGCUCUCUGCGAGAAUUCAAAAGAAACUAAGAAAGACCAAGUCGAGGAAGCAUCAACAUCCUUCUCCGGCUUAAACAAUCUCGAGCAUUCUGCAACUGCGGGUGAGCGACAUCGGAGGUUCUGGCAACAAGAUAAGCCGGCUGAUGCACGAGACUUUCUUCAGUCUGCCCCCCCAGCUGGCAGCCGACCUGGGAAGUUUUCUUCAUCGAAUGAAGUCACAUCUUACGUUCUCCCUGUUUGGCAUAAAUGUGUCUCUAUUGUUGCAGCCAAGCGCGGAGCUCGAAAUACUGCUCCGUUCCUACAUUAUACUUUGGCGUUUCUAUGGGGUCUGUCGUACGUUCCGGAGACUCUUAUUUACAUUGAGAACUUUGUUCCAUGGGAAGAAAUAGUUCGGUCGUUGAACGCAAUCAGCAGAUCUGGUGUGAGUGAUGAAGAAGUCGAGUCUCCCUCGUUCCCGCAGCACCAGUCGGGUACUGGCCGUCAACUUCCAGAAGACUUCUUGAUGCGCGGAUUCAAAUGGUCUUGCCGACAUUAUUAUCCACCACAAUUUUUCGAGGGACAGGUCACAGAUGUGGACGACCGUACACUGGAGCUUCCGAGUCAUGUAGCGCCUCGUGCAGCGAGGUGUCUUUGGCUGGGGGUAAGACUUGCUACGUUAGAUCGCUACAUCACCUAUGACUUCGAGGAGAAACAGUUUUCUGUCUUGCCUUUACUGGUGAUGUGCCGCCAGUCUGACGUUAUGGAUGAAGAUUGAAUUGGGGUGUCGUUCUACGCAUACAGUGGCGCAAUUGGUACAGUACUAAGCGGGAGGAUGGGCCAACUUCACCAACAUCUCCUUCAUCUCCUUUCUCGGCAAAAUUGACUUUCCGUACGGUGAAUCACGGCAGCAUAGAGUCUGAAGUUCCAUGCUGAACAUAUGAAAUGAGCAUUCUAUGGGAUGAAGAUGGGAACCAUAUGUUCAAGAUUAGCAAUCUGCUAAAACGUCUUAUUAGGUUUCCAUGGGGAACAGUGGCUCGUGAGCUCCGAGAUACAAGACUCAAGAGUAGAACAAGUAAUAGGAAUACCUCUCUGAGAAUUGCCCCAGGAGCCUAGCGUCUCCUGCC